AUGGAACAAAUUAGCGAGAUCGCUUGUGGAGACACACCGAUGAAGACGAUGAACUCUCUGGGACUCAUAUGUGAGAAAGAGAUAGAUGAACAGCGUCGUAAAAUCGACUCCUUCAUCGCUUCUCCGUUCCAGAGAUCAAUCGACUCUUUGCUCGAACGAGCUCAAGCCACUGCACAAAGCCAAGUGGAACUAGCGAAUUUGAAAUCGGAUCUGCGAGAAGCAGAGGAUGAGCUCGUCAAAGUGCUGGCAGUGAAGACUCGUAAAGAGGCACGGCAAAUGGGGUUAAGGGAUUCAAUCUCUGCAACGCAAUCUCGAAUCGAGGUUCUUAGAAGAAGUCUGCAGUUACAGAAGUCAAAGAGGGAAGAGUAUGCCAAAGUUAUCUCUCAACAAUUGCAAGGCUUAUCAGUAUCCAAGGAAAAUGCUGGUAAAGUCACUGAAGACAAAGCAGGUAUACAUGAAGCCAUCUCUUGGUAUAAUCAGGCUCUUGGUUUUCACGUUGAAGCUGGACAUGGAGUUAAAUUCACAUUCACCAACGUUGAUGCAAAAAGGCCUACACGCGAGUUUUCAUUCACGGUUCACUAUGGAAAUGACAUCUACACACUUUUGGAUUGCAACCCGCAAUUGAAUGACGUCGAAGAGAUGGUUCAAGAAUUGAACAAAACCAAUGACCUCUUCGGAUUUGUUCGUCUGAUGAGGGAUAAGUUUCUGAAAACCACUUUAUCUGAGUUGCCAACGCAAUCAGAAAAUCUGCAACAGGAAACUUCCAUCAUAUCUGCUUCAGCUCCAGCUAUGUCAUUUACCACUGAUACAAGCAUGACAACUCCAGAGGACAAGGGAUCUAAGGUUCAAGCGAAUCGGCGACACAAAAGAUCUAGCGAUUCACCACUCGUGUCUCCUGCACCCACGUCUUCUGCUCGCCGUUCUUCUCGCCUUAAGGCCAAGAAAUGA